ACAGAAAGAAGAACAAAGCAGAAAACCGUUGUGUUAGUUAAAAACAAAAAGCAAGUUUCCUAGUCCUACUCUCGUGGAUCUUAGAAUUCUUCUUUCCUACAUUACUCUCUCUCUCUCGUCUCAAAUCUCUUCCAUCUCCAUUAACGCCAUUGUUCCAAGCCCUUAAGAAACCAAAGAUCAAACACCUGAAAAAAAAAAAGAAAGGAAAUAAAGGAAGAACCGAAGCUAGAUCGCUUACUCGCUAGCUAGCUAGCAAUGGCCAUAGGAAAGGUCCGUGGCGGCGUGGGAAGACGAUCGUCCACUACGCCCUACUCCUCCACUAUCACUCCCAUUGCCUUUGUAGCUUUGUGUCUCUUCGGGGUAUGGAUGCUCUCCUCCUCCACCUCCUCCUCCUCCGACUCCUCCACCGCCGUCAUUCCCCCGAAAACGACCACCAGAGCCACCGGGGGCGGCGGUGGAGGUGUCCGCUUAACCACCACAGAUCCUAAUAAGGAGGCGUUCGAGGACCACCCGGGCGACCUCCCGGACGACGCCAUCAAGGGGACGGACCGGGAUAACGAGGAAGAGAAGCAAGUGAAGGACCUCGAGACCGAAAACGACGACCGCAGGAACAGAGGAGUGGCGGCCGAGGAGCAAGAGAGCGGCGAUUUGGAGAGCAGUAGUAUUAAGAAACCGGAAAUAGACGACGUGGCGGUGGAGGAGAGGCGGGGAGGCGGAGACGGCGGCAUUGCAGAGGAAACAGAGCAAGAGAAACAGAGGAAAGAAGUGGAGACUCAGACGGCCGCCGCGGAGGCUCAAAACACAGAAUCCGAGCAAACAACAACACUAAAUGACAAUCAGCAGCCCGAAACCGAAGAAAUUAAGGCUCAAGAUCCCCAAAUCGACACCUUAGACGCCACGAAAAACAUGAUUUCCGACGAAGAUCAACAGAAAAGACUCGAGCAGCAGCAGCAGCAAGAAGACGAUCAAGUCCAGCCAAAGAGGCAUCCCGAACACGAAUCUCACGGCAUAACAAGCGAAGAUCAAAUCCAACACGACGAGGCAACAAUAUCCGGAGACGACGACACUCUCAAAACUCACUCUUCUUUCUCAUCAUCUGAAUCAAAUCAAGAAACAGAGCACGAAGAACGAGUUCAGACUGAUUCAGUUCAAGCCGGGGAAACCUCGGGGCCUCAGAUUCCAGAGGAGUCCAAGGAAUCAAAGAAGGCCUGGUCCACUCAAGCUUUCCAAUCUGUUACUCAGAAAGAAAGGACAAAGACAACAGAGGAACAAGACAACAAUAUCGCAAAUUUGAAUUGGCAAUUAUGCAAUGUGACAGCUGGGCCAGAUUACAUACCGUGUUUGGAUAAUGAGCAUGCCCUACACAAGCUAAGAACCAGGAGGCAUUUCGAGCAUCGCGAACGCCAUUGCCCCGAGGAGCCUCCUACAUGCCUUGUCCAGCUUCCAAAAGGGUACAAGAGACCAAUUGAAUGGCCUAAAAGCAGAGAGAAGAUAUGGUAUCACAAUGUGCCUCACAAAUUAUUGGCAGAGGUGAAGGGGCAUCAAAAUUGGGUGAAAGUUUCUGGAGAAUUCCUUGUUUUUCCAGGUGGUGGUACUCAGUUCAUCCAUGGAGCCUUACAUUACAUUGAUUUUCUCCAACAGGCAGUUCCUGAUAUUGCCUGGGGAAAGCGUAGCAGAGUAGUCUUGGAUGUUGGCUGCGGAGUUGCUAGCUUUGGUGGCUACCUAUUCGACAGAGAUGUUCUAACAAUGUCCUUCGCGCCUAAAGAUGAACACGAAGCUCAAAUCCAAUUCGCGCUCGAGAGAGGAAUUCCUGCAAUAUCUGCUGUUAUGGGCACUCAAAGGCUGCCAUUCCCUAGCGGAGUCUUUGAUAUUGUGCAUUGCGCUCGCUGCAGAGUCCCUUGGGACAAUGAAGGCGGAAAGCUUCUUCUGGAACUGAAUCGAGUGCUUCGUCCUGGAGGCUACUUUAUCUGGUCUGCAACUCCAGUGUACCAAAAACUCCCAGAAGAUGUGCAGAUUUGGAAAGCAAUGUCUGCUCUAACAGUGUCGAUGUGCUGGGAGCUUGUUGCCAUCAAGAAGGACAAAUUAAACUCAAUUGGUGCAGCUAUCUAUCACAAACCAGACUCGAACGAUUGCUACAAUCAAAGGAAAAGCAAAAAGCCUCCAAUGUGUAAAAGCGUUGAUGAUCCUAACGCUGCAUGGUAUGUACCUCUGCAAUCAUGUAUGCACAGAGUCCCAACUGACGAGACGGAGAGAGGAUCAAAGUGGCCUAAGGAAUGGCCCGAGAGACUUCAAACGCCACCAUAUUGGCUAAACAGAUCUCAGGUGGGAAUAUAUGGGAAACCAGCUCCAGACGACUUUGCAGCCGAUUAUGAGCACUGGAAACAUGUUGUCAGCAAAUCAUACAUGAGCGGUUUGGGCAUUAAUUGGUCCACUGUCAGAAACAUCAUGGACAUGAGAGCAGUUUAUGGAGGAUUUGCAGCGGCGCUUAAGGACCUGAAAGUGUGGGUGAUGAAUGUGGUGAACGUAGACUCUCCAGACACGCUUCCAGUGAUCUAUGAGCGUGGCCUCUUUGGAAUGUACCAUGACUGGUGUGAAUCCUUCAGCACAUACCCAAGAUCGUAUGAUCUCCUGCACGCAGAUCAUCUCUUCUCGAGGCUGAAAACAAGGUGCAAGAUUACUGCUGUCUUGGCAGAGGUUGACAGAAUAGUUAGGCCCGGGGGCAAAUUGAUCGUGCAAGACGACUCUGGAACGAUUAGGCAAGUAGAGGAGUUGCUCAAGUCGUUGCAUUGGGAGGUUCGGAUGACCUUCUAUCAAAAGCAAGAUGGAAUGCUUAGUGCUCAGAAAACCGAAUGGAGACCAGAAACAUAUGCAGCUUAA